AUGGAAAAAGGUAAAGCCUUUGGAACACCCAUGAGUCCCUCCACUUGUCUAGAAUCUGAUACAAUAGGUAAAUCAGUUGACGAAAAACUAUAUCGAGGAAUGAUUGGAUCUCUAUUAUAUCUCACUGCAAGUCGACCAGACAUCAUGUUCAGCGUUUGGAAAUGCACACGAUUUCAAUCCGCUCCAAAGGAAUCACAUCUCACUGCUGUGAUAAAAAUGACAGAAAAAGCACCAGUAGAACAUGUUUGUUUUUUGGAAAAUCCCUUAUUUCCUGGCAUAGUAAGAAGCAGACUUCCAUUGCCCUCUCAACUACUGAGUCCGAAUAUCUGGCAGUUGGAAGUUGUGGCACUUAACUACUUUGGAUGA